UGAAAAGAACACGAGAACCAAGUCUCUUAUCUUGAGAGGGAACCUUUUUCGCGUUUGAUUUCUCACACUCCCGAAAAUCUACUGACGAAGCAAAGGUGUAUGGAAAAUAUUUGUAACGAAGAACACAAUCCUCUGAUAAAGUCAAAAUCGCAAAACGGAUCUAACAGUAACAUUCAUUCUCUCCUCUACCGAUCAUGUUCCGAAUACAGCAACCUAUGGAAAAUCGCCGCCCCUUCAAUCCUCACCCGCCUAGCCAUGUUCUCCAUCACCGUCGUCACCCAGUCCUUCGCCGGCCACCUCGCUGACCUUGAUCUCGCCGCCAUUUCGAUCGCCUGCACCGUCCUCAUCUCCGUCACCUUCGGCUUCAUGUUGGGUAUGGCCAGUGCACUUGAGACGCUAUGCGGCCAGGCCUACGGCGCCGGACAGCAUCGGAUGUUGGGCGUUUAUCUGCAACGCUCGUGGGUUGUUCUGUCUCUUGCCUCGAUUCUGAUGCUGCCGGUGUUCGUGUUCGCGACGCCGCUGUUGAAGUUGGUGGGGCAGCCCGUCGCGGUGGCGGAGCAGGCGGGGCUGGUGGCGGUCUGGUUGAUCCCGUUUCACCUCAGUUUCCCGUUUCAGUUCACAUUGCAGCGGUUCCUGCAGUGCCAGUUAAAGACCGCUAUCGUUGCUUGGGUUUCAGGGGCGGCUCUUGCGAUUCAUGUUUUAGUGAGUUGGGUUUUUGUUUAUCGGAUGAGAAUUGGGAUCGUUGGGGCUGCACUUUCCAUUGGUUUCUCGUGGUGGCUCUCGGUUUUGGGAAUGCUCGGGUAUACACUCUUUGGUGGGUGCCCGUGUUCGUGGACUGGUUUUUCUGCUGAAGCUUUUGUCGGUCUCUGGGAAUUCUUUAAACUCUCUUUGGCUUCUGGCAUCAUGCUUGCGUUAGAGAAUUUCUAUUACAGACUGUUGCUCAUAGUCUCUGGAUAUAUGCACAACACUGAGAUUGCAAUUGAUGCUCUUUCUGUUUGUGUCACGAUAUAUGGCUGGGAAUCCAUGAUACCGCUUGCAUUUUUGGGUGCAACAGGGGUUCGUGUAGCAAACGAGCUUGGCGCAGGCAAUGCAGAAGGUGCAAAAUUUGCAACUUUGGUUUCUGUGGUAAAUACUGUACUGGUGGGAUUUAUAUUUUGGUUGGUAGUUGUGUUCUUCAACAAGAAUCUUGCCUUGAUCUUUACAUCGAGCUCGUCAGUUAUCCAAAUAGUCAAUGAUCUGGCAAUGUUGUUAGCUUUUACUGUUCUUCUUAAUUGCAUUCAACCAGUUCUUUCAGGGGUGGCAGUAGGAUCUGGUCGUCAAGCAGUGGUGGCAUAUAUAAACAUUGGCAGUUACUACUUGGUUGGAAUACCUCUGGGGAUUCUCCUAGGCUGGUUUCUUCCUUCGAGUAUCGUUGGAAUGUGGAGUGGAAUGAUGAGUGGAACGGUGGUUCAAACAUUGAUCUUGGCUACUAUUACGAUGAGAUAUGAUUGGGAGAAAGAGGUUCGGAAAGCUCAAAUUCUCAUCAAAGACGAAGCAACAUCCAACCAAUAACUAAGGAUGGAUUUGAAAGGAGAUAUUACUGAGAAGGUGGAGAAAGGUACAAUUCUUAACUAUGUAAAAUUAGAUCCGUUAUAACGGCAAAAAUUAGUGGAUAAUCUUGUUAUCGACUAAUGUUCACAGUUACAUUAGACAGAUGUAUUUUAAAUUUUCAAUUUACAAGAGAAGAUAAUAACAUUUAAUGAA